AUGGCAGCAGGCUCUGUCGCUGCUCAGCGAGAUGCGGGAGGGGAAGCUGGAGCCCGACGCGUUCCCUACAGCGCUGGGAUCAGCGCGUGCGGCAAAGGCGAGCAGUGGCAGCACGCUGUGCGGUUGCUCAGCGAGGUGCGGGAGGCGAAGCUUGAGCCCGACGUCGUCACGUACAGUGGCGCGAUCAGCGCGUGCGAUAGCGGCAGCGCGUGGGAGCAGGCUGUGGCACUCCUCAGGGACAUGCCCCAGAAAAAAGUAGAGCCAAAUGCUUUUAGCUACGAUGGCGCUAUUCGCGCAUGCGCGAGGGACGGGGAGAUGCAAUUGGCUGUGUCGCUGCUCCAGGAAAUGCAGCAAGAGGAGAUAGAGCCAAAUAGCAUCAGUUACAGUGGUGCGAUCAGCUCAUGCUCGAAUCGUGGGGAGUGGCAGCAGGCGCUGUCGCUGCUCAGAGAGAUGUGGCAAGAAAAAAUAGCGCCAAGCUGUAGCAGCUAUAGCGGUACGAUUACCUCGUGCGGAAAAUCAACGGAAUGGCAGCAGGCGCUGUCGGUGGUAGGGGAAAUGUUGCAAGAGGAGGUAGAGCCAAGCUGCACCAGCUACACCAGUGCGAUCGCAGCGUGUGGGGAAGGCAGCGAGUGGGAGCAGGCGCUCUCCCUGCUAGGGGACAUGCAGCAGCAGAAGGUAGAGUCGAGCUGCCCAAGUUACAGCAGUGCGAUCAGAGCGUGUGGGGAGGGUAGCGAGUGGCCGCGGGCGAUUUCGCUGCUAGGAGACAUGCCGCAACAGAAGGUAGAGCCAAGCUGCAUCAGCUACAACUGUGCGAUCGUAGCGUGCGGGGCAGGCAGCGAGUGGGAGCUGGCGCUGUCUCUGCUAGGGAACAUGCGGCAGCAGAAGGUAGAGCCAAGCUGCAUCAGCUACAACAGUGCGAUCGGAGCGUGCGGGGCAGGCAGCGAGUGGCAGCAAGCGAUGUCGCUCUUAAGGAACAUGCCGCAGCAGAAGGUAGAGCCAAGCUGCAUCAGCUACAGCAGUGCGAUCAGAGCGUGCGGGACAGGCAGCGAGUGGCAGCUGGCGCUGUCUCUGCUAGGGGACAUGCCGCAGCAGAAGAUUGAGAGAAGCUGCAUCAGCUACAGCGGUACGAUCAGAGCGUGUGGGGAAGUCAGCGAGUGGCAGCUUGCGCUGUCGCUGCUCCGAGAGAUGCGACAGGAGAAGGUGGAGCCAGACACGGCUACACUGUUGGAAUGA